AUGGCGGACUCGGGCGAUGAAGCAGAUUCGCGCACAGCGUCUGUGGGAGUGAUGCGUGCCCGCAAAAAUCAGCCUGUGUCUCGACCUCCGUCCACAGAAAGUUCACGUCCCACGAAAAGGCGGCGCCGCAAUCGAUCCCGCACGUCCGGAGAUGAUCUGGAUGACAUGGUCCCCAAAGGCGCCUCUUUCACUGCGCAUUCUCUAGAGGUCGAUCCAGAUGAGACGUCGAGUUCCGGAUCAGACUCAGAUAGUGAUUCCGACUCUUCGGACUUGUCAGACUCGUCAAGCACGCGGUCCCAAGUGCCCUCGGCCAACCCCCACAUCGGCAGCACAGCACCGGCCAUCAGCUGGAAUCAAGGAAGAAAAGCGGCAGUGCGCACCACACUUGGAAAGCGUAAAGCAGACACCCAAGCGCCAUCUCAAUCAACAUCUCAGCUCGAGUCAACCGCCCAACCGCUAUCGACAGAACAGCCAGAAAUCAAUGAAAAUAAAGGACAGGGCCCAGUGAAGGACAAAUCUUCAAAGCAGUUCAAGGCAGUCAAUGAAGCAUACUGGCGUAGCCGCAGUGCGUCAGUCUCGUCGGGUGGAGAAGGGGACGGGUCGGAGGAGGGUGAGGUGAACACAGGGAGUGAUACAGAUGAUUCAGAGCUGGACUCUGAAGCGGACGAUUCACUGAUGCUCAAUAUCGGGGGGAAAAGUGAUGGGGCGGAUGACACCCAUACAGAGUCGCACAAUGGGACUGGGCAAAUGGAGCCAUCGCGACCUGGAUCCCAGUCAGCUCAGGGCGAGUCCAAGGAAGCCGCAUUUAAGCGGUUCGCCAAGAAAUACCCUACUGCGCCUGUUACCCUCUUGGAUCUGCACCGGGAUGAUAUGGAUCUACAGGCCAAGCUUGUCUAUUGGGAUCGGGAUGUCCAUGCUAUUGACCUGCAACUUCCGGUGGGUUGCCUCGAGUGUCUGCGACCUGGACACAUGGCCGAGGUCUGUCCCACGAAGGAGUGCGUCCAUUGCAACGCAUGGAAUUCACACCCCAGCACACAAUGUCCCACAUGGCGGCGGUGCCAGCGUUGUCGGGCACGAGGUCAUCUGCAGGAUGAUUGUCCCUCAUUACUCAAGGGCUCUGCCGCCGAGGUCCCUUGUGAUUACUGUGGUUCGACAUUACAUAUGGAGUCCGAUUGUCAGCACACAUACAGCCAGCCCACAAGGGAAGCAGUGUUUGAGACAAUCACCGUGUCCAUAUCGUGCGCUCACUGCACCAGUGCUAGCCAUCUCAUUGGCGACUGUCCCCAUCUACCGGUCAGCCUCCAGCAGCGGACCAGGUUCUUCACGCUCAAGGAUGCCGACCCGACUAAAGUCAAUAAUCUCAACGUAUCGGACCUGCCUCGGAAGGCUGCCCCUCCGCCGCCACCAACUGCCUCACGUGGUAAGGGACGGCGCGGUGGCGGUGGUAACAAUAAUAGUGUCCGCUCGCCGCCAUCAAACAGUGAAGAGGAUAUGAUGCCCCGAAAAGGUGCCCGUAAAGGACCCCCGCCGUCUCGUGGACGAGGCCGCGGCUCGAUCAAGUUUGGCAAUAGCACAGCAUUCGAUCAACCACGCGGCAAACCUCCGCCUCCUCCAUCUGGCCGACCCAAAGGCGCGCCCAAUCGCGGUGGUGGUGGUGGUGGUGGCGGUGGGGGAAAUCGCGGUCGAGGCCGUGGCCGUGGAGGGCGCGCUCGGGGAGGGCGAUGA